AUGGGGCACUUGGUCACUCUAGCAACCUGCUCUCUGAACCAGUGGGCUCUGGAUUUCGAGGGUAACGCGGAGCGUAUCAUUGAGAGUAUUCGGCAGGCUAAGGCUGCCGGCGCUACUCUGCGCGUUGGUCCAGAGCUUGAGAUCACCGGUUAUGGGGUGCUUGAUGGCUUCCUUGAAGGCGAUACCUUCCUGCACUCAUGGGAAAUGCUGGCCCGCAUUAUCGACCACCCUGAUUGCCAGGACAUCGUGGUCGACGUGGGACUGCCGGUCCGUCAUCGCAACGUGCGCUACAACUGUCGCGUGAUUUUCUAUAACCGAAAGAUCAUCCUGAUCAGGCCUAAGAUGUGGCUUGCCAAUGAUGGUAACUAUCGCGAACACCGACACUUUACGCCAUGGCAGCGUCCGCAGGAAGUCGAGGACUACUACUUAGAAUCAAUUGUUGGAAAGGUCACUGGACAGUACAAGGUUCCGUUUGGUGAUGCCGUUAUCAGCACCAGAGAUACAUGUCUGGGGCUUGAGACGUGUGAGGAGCUGUUCACCCCCAACGGUCCUCAUAUCCCCUACGGCCUAGCUGGUGUUGAGAUCAUCUCCAAUUCUUCCGGCAGUCACCACGAGCUGAAGAAGCUUGACACUCGCGUCAAUCUAAUUACCCAGGCUACCAAGCUGAGCGGUGGAAUCUAUCUCUACGCCAACCAGCAAGGUUGUGAUGGUGAUCGUCUGUACUAUGACGGAUGCGCUAUGAUUGUCGUUAACGGCGAUAUCGUUGCCCAAGGCUCACAGUUCUCCCUUAACGAUGUGGAAGUCGUCACUGCAACAGUUGACAUCGAAGAAGUUCGUACUUACCGUUGCAGUGCAAGCCGUGGAAUGCAAGCAAGCAAGCAGUCACCGUAUGUCCGUCUCGAUCUGGAUAUCCGACUUUCUCGCCGGGAUGAGGAUGCCGAGCCUAGCCUCGCAACCUCCCAGCCUAUCAAGCCGCGCUACCAUCCCCCGGAGGAGGAGAUCGCUCUAGGACCUGCCUGCUGGCUGUGGGAUUACCUUCGUCGAUGCGGGGCUGCUGGAUUUUUCCUCCCUCUGAGCGGUGGUAUCGACAGCUGUGCCACGGCGGUCAUUGUGCACUCUAUGUGUCGUGAGGUGCUGAAGGCAGUGCGAGAAGGCAAUGAGCAGGUCAUCAAGGAUGUUCGCCGACUGUGCGCUAAGCCAGCAGACUCGGACUGGCUUCCUAGCACCACGCAAGAGAUUUGCAAGUGUAUCUUCCACACCAGCUACAUGGGCACGCAAAACUCUGGCCAGGAUACACGAGACAGAGCGACUCGACUGGCCAAUGAUAUUGGAUCUUACCACAUUGAUUUCAAUUUUGAUACUGUCAUCACUGCUAUCAUGAACCUCUUCACUACUAUCACUAACUUCCAGCCUCGCUUCAAGAUGCACGGUGGUUCUCCCGCAGAAAAUGCUGCUCUUCAGAAUGUCCAGGCCCGAAUGAGAAUGGUCCUCUCCUAUCUGUUUGCAUCUCUACUGCCGACUGUGCGCCAACGCCCCGGCGGUGGCGGAUUGCUCGUCCUUGCAUCCUCCAAUGUUGAUGAAUGUUUGCGCGGCUAUCUAACCAAGUACGAUGCCAGCUCCGCCGACCUCAACCCCAUCGGCUCAAUCAGCAAAGUCGACCUGAAGAAAUUCAUCUCCUGGUCCGGCCAAAGCUUCGAUCUCCCCAUCCUCGAAGAAUUCAUCCACGCAACACCAACCGCCGAGCUCGAGCCCAUCACCGCCGACUACGUGCAAUCCGACGAAGCUGACAUGGGUGUGACAUACGCCCAACUAGGCGUCUUCGGCUAUCUGAGGAAGGUAUCCAAGCUAGGCCCGUACUCUAUGUACGAGAAGCUGCUACACAUGUGGGGCAAUGAGUACAGCCCGCGGGAGAUUUACGAGAAGACACGACACUUCUUCUACUACUACUCUAUUAACAGGCACAAGAUGACUGUUCUUACGCCGAGUUAUCAUGCUGAGCAGUAUUCUCCUGAGGAUAAUCGACAUGAUUUGCGGCAGUUCCUUUACCCGCCUUUCACUUGGGCGUACAAGAAGAUGGAGGAGAAUGUCAAGUUCUGGGAGGCUAAGGGGUGGACUACUGGCAAGGGGCAGAAGAAGAGUGUUAAGGCUGACUAG